UGCGUUCAAGACAAAAAUUGUUUUGAACGGUCAUUCAACUCGGAGUUCCAAGUCGGGUACUCCGGCCUUUUUCUAGAGCUCCGAUUUGCCGACCUGAUGAUCACUGAAGUCAUGAUUUUACAUCGUUUUUCCAUGAAGUUCCCAGAUGUCUUGAAAGCACCAAGAAACACCACAGUAGCUCGCGCUGACGUCAGCCAGCCUUCCCUGCGAACAGACGGAGCCAAGGGUGAUGUGUAGGAAUGUACAGAAACUUCUUCCUUGAACAGUUUGUGUACUAGUACUUCGAUAAUAUUGACCGAAUACCGACAGGGAGUGGACACAUAUAUACGCAACAGCCCUGUCAGCAUGGCUUCUCAGACGGUGUAUCCAAUGGGAUUGGUCAUGUUCUCCACCUCAGUUGGCAUGUCCAUGGUGGAGGAUGCCCAGGGGUUGGCUGAGCUUCCACACAACGAGCUGCCGGCCCCGCAGCUGGUCAUGCUCGCCAACGUAGCCUGUGAAAACCCAGCAGAAGGGAAGGAGAUGAUGGAGCUUCAAACCGUUGGCAGCUACUCCGAUAGUGAAGACGAGAACAUCAUCAGAUACAGUUACGAUAGCCAUGAGAGAGAGAUGUGUAUUGUAGAAUACCCAGAGUCUCCACGGGCUGCCCUUUCCCAGGUUGAGGCGAUAGAUGAGGAGGAAGAAGGGAUUGACCUGUCCAAACCCUCUGACCAGCGCCCUUUUAGCCCUUCCACUCCUACCAUCCCCUCUACACCUCUGGGCAUGAUCGUGGAGUCAGCUAAGAAGAAGAAACCCUUCUUCUGUAAACCCUGCAACUACCAGGCCCAGUGCGAGGAGGAGUUUGUAACCCACAUCCAAAUCCACAGCGCCAAUAGGAUGAUCGCAGUGAAAAGCAUGGUGGGGGACAAGGCACGGGAGAAAGAGACGUCGGCGGGACCAGAUCAAGAGGCGCAGAGCGGUGAUGGUGGGGCCAACAACAAAGGACUGAUCCGCUGUGAACGCUGCGGCUACAACACCAACCGCUACGACCAUUACAUGGCUCACCUCAAGCACCACGAGAAGGAGGGCGACGACCAGAGGGUAUACAAAUGCACCAUCUGCACGUAUACCACCGUCAGCCAGUACCACUGGAAAAAGCACCUCAGGAACCAUUUCCCCAGUAAGCUCUUCACCUGCAACCAGUGCAGCUAUUUCUCGGACCGUAAGAACAACUACGUGCAGCAUAUCCGCACUCACACAGGGGAGCGUCCUUUUCGAUGUCCGUACUGUGAGUACUCAAGCUCCCAGAAGACCCAUCUUACCAGGCAUAUGAGAACACACUCGGGUGAAAGGCCUUUCAAAUGUGACCGCUGCAACUACCUGGCUGCCAAUCAGCAUGAGGUGACACGCCAUUCCAGACAGGUUCACAAUGGACCCAAGCCCCUGUGCUGCCCCCACUGCCCAUACAAGACGGCUGACCGCAGCAACUACAAAAAGCAUGUGGAGCUCCACCUCAACCCGCGUCAGUUCCUUUGCCCUGUCUGCAAGUAUGCUGCUUCCAAGAAGUGUAACCUACAAUAUCACAUCAAGUCUAGACACCCUGGCUGCCCACAGAUUGCAAUGGAUGUGUCAAAGGUCAAGCUGCGUGUCAAGAAACCUGAUUCUGAUGAAUUCACAGAUGAGUACACCAUGGUGAAUGGAAUAGCAAAGUUUGAGCUGUCAGCAAUUGAUGGUGAUGAGGGACCAGAGAUCUCUGGAGCUGAUAAACAAUCAAGCCCUAUCAAUCUGUCGACCAAGAGCAGCAAACCUAGCCCUGUUCAAGCAGUAGAAAGCAUGGCAACAGGCAAGACCCCCAAGAAAUGUGACAACUCUCCUGUCAAAGAGACCAAGAAGAGCAGCAAAACUAGCCCUGUUCAAGCAGUAGAAAGCAUGGCAACAGACAAGACCCCCAAGAAAUGUGACAUCUCUGUCAAAGAGAUACCUAAAAAGGCAAAGGACAAGGCAGAGAAAAAGGUAACACUGAAACGCAAGAGUACAGAGAUGAACAGUGAGAAUACAAAGCAGAAUGUUACCCUGAAGGAGAGUGGGAAGGAGACAGCAGUUGUGGUUGAAAUAGCAGGCAAUAAAGUUAAGAGAGGUCCCAAAAAACAGAUGACUGGGAAAACAAGUGUUCAGGAUAAGACCGAAAUAAAGGAAAAAGUUCAAAAGGUGGGUUUGGAUGAGGACAGUGUUGAGAAAGACAAAUCAGUCAAGGAGAGGUUAGAGAAAGACAUGCUAGAGAAGGAGAAUAUGGAGAAAGCGAAGGAGGAAAACAAGAGACUGGAGGAGAAAAAAGAGCAGCUGAAGACACUGAAGAAUGAGAAAGAAGGAAAAGAGAACAAAAAUGCAAUCAAAUCUCAGAAGAGUACUUCCAGAAAAAUUGAGAAAGUGGUUGAAAAGACUGUUGAAAAAGCUCCCCAAAGUCUGGAAGCACCAGUGAAAAAACAAGGAGAGAAGAGCAAGACAAAGCCAGUGAAGAGAAAAACUACAGAGGCCUUGGACUUAUCAAUGAAAGAAUCUCCUGAUGAGUCCUGCACCGACAUUAAGGCCAAACGGUUGAAAAUCAAGACUGCAGACAAGUUGCAAUCAAAAGCCAGUACCCCCCGAAGCAAAACUACUGAGCCUUGCCCAGCGUCCGAGCAGAAGGACCCAGGAAACCAGACGAUAUACUCGUCUGUAGUGAAAAAGCUGAAAAAGAGCAACAAGAAAAAAGCAAGCCCUGGAGAGACCGAGGCUUCCAGUGAGAACAAGGUGUGUUCCAUCAUUGAGAACCCCUUCAGCCCCCCUGAAAGCAAAACAUGUCCUGCCACAGAGCUUCAGCCAACAGCUGUACAGGAAGAGCAGCAGGCAUCUGACCAGGAGACUGUCCCUGCUCUGGAUACAUCUACUGGGCAGAGCCCUGCAGAUGAACGGCCCAGUAAUGGGGAAAACAAUCUUGCACGGCAAAAUGUAUCCCCAACCAAGGACACAGCCCCACGGGCUGAGCAGGCUGAGGUCGCCGACAAAGCAGAGGAAACUCCUACUCCUGAAGGCUUCAGCAGCGCCGACGAGUCCCCAUCUCCCAUAGAAAGUGACGUCUCUCACGAUUUCAGACGGGCACAGGGAGAACCAUCAACACCAACAACACCCUCCCUGGAGCUCCCUAGGCCAAGACGAAAGCCUACUGAAACCGAGGAGGACGAGGGCAUCCACAGCCAUGACGGAGGAAGUGAGAUCAGUGACAGCGCCUCGGAGGGCAGUGACGAUUCAGGGCUCAACGGGCUGGCGGCAGCCGCCGGUAAACCUGUGAAUGACCCUGAAACUCCCACAGAAGAGAUUCCGACUCCAACUGAACUCAAGAGUCACAUGUGCGUCUUCUGUGACCGUAGCUUCCCCUUGGAGGCGGAGUUCCGUCGGCACCUGAAUCGGCACCUGGUGAAUGUGUAUUAUCUUUGACAAUGCUUCCAAGCCGGACAAGUGAGUGCCUGCAGAGCAGGGAGCUUUGAUUCCAGCUGUGUAUUUUGCUUGACCCUCUCCCCCUGUUAUAAAACAUAUGUAUAGUUGUCUGUGUCAACAUAUUAACAGUAGAUAUUCAGUUACCUUGCAUUAGUGCUCACGGUUACUGCUGUAUAAAAUAUGAAUAUUCUAUGGUAUGCCUAAAACUAUCUGACUGUCUUUGUAAUACCAGCUUUAGGCAGACUAGUUAAUUUGAUAAUUGGCGUCUGGGCUUUUACAUAUUGGCUCCCAGACCAUUUGACUAUAAAUUCUACAGUUCUUGUUUUCAAACAUAAAUCAUAGAGGAUAUGUGAGUUGAUGCCAUGUGAGGUCCAAAAUCUAAUAUUCAUGGUUUGGCAUUUGGCUGAGAAAUUAUGAAAAUAUGGGAUACAAUUUUUCUUGCUUCUAAAUCUCAUAUGGUUAUGCAACUAACUAAAAGCUAACCAAUCUGUAAUAGCAUGGUAUAUACAAGUAACUGCCAAAAUAAAGGCGUUGGGCCACCACAAGCUGCUAUAACAGCUUCAAUGUGUUUUGGCAUAGAUUCUACAACUGCCUGGAACUCUAUUGGAGGGAUGGGAUGCCAUUCUUCCAUGAGAAAUUCCAUCAUUUUGGUGUUUUUUUGAUGGUGGUGAAAAAUGCUCUCUCAGAUACCAUUCCACAAUCUCCCAUAAGUAUUUAUUUGGGUUGAGAUCUGGUGACUGAGACAAAAACACUUUAAACCCCCUAUGCUGCUUUGAUACCCCCCUUUCAAAGUCACUGAGAUCUCUUCUUCUAGCCAUGGUAGCCAAAAUAAGGGGCAACUGGGCAUUGUUAUACUUGACCCUGACCCUAAACAUGAUGGCAUGUGGAUUGCUUAAUUAACUCAGGAAGCACCUGUUUUCAAUAUACUUUGUGUCUCUCAUUUACUCGAGUGUUUCCUUUAUUUUGGCAGUUACCUGGAUUUUGCAAACGUGGUUGAUAUUCAAGAAAUCGCUACACCUUUUUUUUUUGUUCACAAUCCGGUUGAGUUUUCUACAGAAGAACCCACCAAAUGAUGAGUUGUACCCCUUGUUUUAAUCCAUCAGCCCUGUUGAAGAACAACCGUAAAUCGAUUAUGAAAGGAAGUGUUACACUUUUUCAAUGAAGAACCAAAGAAACCCUAGGGAGACAAGAUUAGAAGGACCCAGGUGGUCCAUGCCAAAUAACCCAGAGAAUAAUGGGACUCUCACGCCUAUUGUGCGAGUCCACUCCAGUGAAGCGACCUGUCUCCGAAAUGGGGACGAGGACUGCAUGUUCAAAGUCCACCAUUUAGGGAGCACUUGACAACUACUUUGAUUUCUUUAUUUUAUUGAUAACAUCAAUAGAUUUUUUUUUAAAACAUUGUAUAUAUCUUAUCAAUCUGUACAAUGGACUAACUAAUCUCUUCAUUACAAAAACUUUCUAGGUGUUAAUUGCCAUGACUCUUAGUCGAAUUGAUGAAAUAUGAAAUGGGGCGAGGUUUCUUUGGGUUCAUCUGGCACAAGUGUGUAUAGAAUUGUUUCUUGCGUUAAUGUUUGAAUUAUGUUGUCACUUUUUGUAUAUCCAAUUUCAUUUAGUCAUACAAAAAGAGAACUCGUACUACUCAUUAACAAAUGCACAACUAAUGUGGGAGGUAGGGUGUUACUGGCCCUUGAAAUUUGUAGGCCUGUAGAACUUAAGAUCAGGAUGAAAAGGAUACGAUGUGGCUAUCACUGAUAGAGAAUGGACCGCUAACAUUGAAAACAAGUUGUGAAAUGGGUGUUUGUGCACACAUCUGAAACUUUGCCAUUAUCCGUUUUGUGUUUGAUUUCAGAAAAUGUCCAAAGAUUUUUAUUUUAUUUUUUUUACAGUUGAGCCUGUGAAGAUACACCAGUAGUUCUACAUUCUUUUUUUUGCCUUCGACAAUCAUUAUUUUCUGGUUUUGUUUUGAGGUUUUUGCAUACUAACAGUGGGGCUUUGUUAAUUGAGUCACAUUUUCCUACAGUAAGAUGUCUGAUUUCAAUGAUGUUGUUAUACUGUCUAACUUUAUAACCAUUCCCUGGAAGUUUAGGUGUAACUGCUUGAUUACUCUGCAGAUCGAACCCAUCAACUUGAUUUCUGCAGUUAUCACCCCACUCAUCUGUUUUACAGAAUUGGGCCACCAAAGCUUAGCCUGUUUGUGCCAUCAGUGAUAUACUUCUUUCAUCUGCAUCUAGUUCUGUGUUCUAUUGAGGUGAUUGGUAGACUUAGCUAAUAAAAAUGCCAUGUGUACUCUUAGUAAAUUCAGUGCAAUAUUGUGUUUUGGGUAUGAUGCCAAAGUGAGAAGGUAUAGAAAUGUAAAGACUUAUGUUUUGAGUUUGACUAUUGGAAGGCAUAGAAUAGUACCAGGGUUCCCUGGAAAACUGGUCAAAUUUAGCCCGAUGCACUCUUAUCUAGACGGUUAGAUUCCGUGUCACUGUAAAUUAUCAAUUUUUUUUGAUCACUUCCUGUAUUGUGCUUUUUAGUUGAUGGGAACAGUUGUUCCUUCUUUGUAACCAUUUUUCAUUCACAUAAUGUGUAAUCAUAUGUACCGUAAAACUUCAAUUAAAUGCAGUCUCAAAUAGC